AGUUCCCGCGGCUUGCACGUGCCGGGGAACUACGAUCUCCUCAGGUCUGCAGCAUUAACGCAGAGGAAGCGGAAGGUAGGGUCCUCACCUGUCACAGCUGGGGGAACUUGAAGACCGGAGGACGCCUUGAAGCAGCAAGGAUGGCAGGGAGAAGGAGGGGGCUGGUUUCUGGGCGGCGCUAAAUCUGGGCGGGGGCGCGGUCAGGGCCGAGGCUUCCAACUGAGGCUAAGGCGGCCACGUCCAGCUCCCCCAGGUUGUAAAGGCCGCCCCGGGUUUGUAGUGCUCAGGACCUCCAGACAUGUCCGAGGUGAAGAGCCGGAAGAAGUCGGGGCCCAAGGGAGCCCUCGCAGAUCUUGGGAAGCGAAGCGAGGGCGGGAAGAACCUCGAAGCCCGGGAUCGUAGAGGCGCAGGCUGGGUGGACCCCCGGACUGGCGUGAGCCUGCUGUCGCUGGGGACGUGCCUGGGCUUGGCCUGGUUUGUAUUUCAGCAGUCAGAAAAGUUUGCAAAGGUGGAAAACCAAUACCAGUUACUGAAAAUAGAAACAAAGGAAUUCCAAGGGCUUCAAAGUAAAAUCAAUUUAAUUUCAGAAAGCUACCAAAAGUCUGAAGCUAUCAUGGAACAAUUGAAGUCUUUUCAAAUAAUCGCUCAUCUAAGGCGUCUACAGGAGGAAAUUUAUGAGGUGAAAACUUGGUCCAAUAGGAUAACUGAAAAACAGGACAUAUUGAACAACAAUUUGACAACUCUUUCCCAAGAUGUUACAAAAGUAGACCAAAGUACAACUUCCAUGGCAAAAGAUGUUUGUCUCAAGAUUACAACUAUAAAAACAGAUAUACGACGUAUUUCAGGUUUAGUAACUGAUGUAACAUCAUUGACGGAUUCUGUGCAAGAACUAGAAAAAAAAAUAGAAAAAGUAGAAAGAAAUACAGUAAAAAACAUAGGUGAUCUUCUCUCAAGUAGCAUUGACCGAACAGCAAUGCUUCGAAAGACAGCAUCUGAAAAUUCACAAAGAAUUAACUCUGUUAAGAAUAUACUUUCGGAGCUAAAGAAUGAUUUUAACAAGCACACAGAUAGGUUUUUAAGCUUAGAAAGUGACAGAGCUAAAGUUCUGAAGACAGUGACUUUUGCAAAUGCUAAACCAAAGGUGUAUAAUCUAAAGAAGGAUUUUUCCCGUUUGGAACCAUGUAAUGACUUAACACUACGCAUUGGGAGGUUGGUUACUGACUUACUCCAAAGAGAGAAGGAAAUUGCUUUCUUAAAUGAAAAAAUAUCUAAUUUAACAAUAGUCCAAGCUGAUAUUAAAGACAUCAAAGAUGAAAUAACACACAUUUCAGAUAUGGAUUGAUUUUAAAUUAUUCAGACUGAAGUAACUUUUUUUAAAAAAAUGGUAUCCCUUGUCAUAAUAUAAAAAGACCAGUAAGUCAGAAAUAAUGAAAUGUUGGAGUAAUACCAUUUUUUUUAUUUGAUUCUAUUUUGUACAGCAAAAAUAAAAUUUUUUAAAGGGUUGAGCACUUGAUUCUUCAAAAUGAAUAUUAAUACAUAUACUUGCAACUUUAUAUAGCAAGAACCUUAUGCAUCUCACACACACUAUUCUUCCUAAUAGGAAGAAGCAGGAUCUGCCAACCUAGCACUGGGAAAUAGAUGGGGCAGGAUCUGAACCCCUACAUGCCCUCACCGCCAGGGAGCACAGGAUGUGUGGUUGGGGCCCUAACUGGAUCUUGCUCACCGCAUUCAGAGUUAAAAAGAGAUAAUUGAUUAGAUAAUAUCUGAGAUAAGCACCGUUGGGAGUAGCUGACUCCCCUCACCCUUCUCCCGCCUCUCCCCACCCCCUCACCUUUGGAUUGCACAAUAUAGAUAUAUCCAACUCCACAGGGCUCUUCUUACAUUGUGAUCGACACUCCUCCCAGCAAGAGGUGGUGUCUGCAUUACUUUUCCCUGAAGCUGGGAUUUGGUCUUCUGGGACUUCUGAUGUGACCAAGAGCAUAGUGGAAGUGAUGCUAUAUGACUUCCAAGACUGAAUCCUAAGACUCAGCUUCUGCCUGGCUCCACUGUGAAGCCCUGAAGUGCAGCUGCCCUGAGCUGUAGAUGUUGAGGAAAGACUGAGCCACUAACAGGGAUCUCUCCAACCUGGAUGAGUGAAAAAGCCUUUGGAGAUGACCCCAGAGCUACCAUCUGACUGUAACUUCAAGACACAGACCCGGAAGAAUCCAGCAGAGACGCUCCUGAAUUCCUGACCCACAGAAAGCUUGAAAUUAUAAAAUCUCAAACCGUUGCAUUUCAGAUGAUGUUACACAUCACUGGUGAUGCUCAUUUACCAUAGCCACUGGCUCGGGCUCAGACUGCCGCCCUUUUCACCAGUUUGGCUCAAAUUUGCACCCUAACCUGUCUGCAACCCAAGUAAAAGCUUGGAACCUUAAACAUGACCAGGUGAUGAUGAUAUAGAGAAGUUAACAUGCAAUUACCAUGUUUCCCUGAAAAUAAGACCUAGUCGGACCAUCAGCUCUAAUGCGUCUUUGGAGCAAAAAUUAAUACAAGACUGGGUAUUAU